AUGGAACUCCAUGUUUUAUUUGCACUGUUUUUCCUCUUGUUCUCAGUGUCAUCAGCAAAUCUUGUAAGCCUACUCAAUUCAAAUGGACUUGCAUUUUUCAAUUGCUUUGCCAACCAUUCUCCAGCUUCCACCUCUAUAAGCUCAGUGGUUUAUGCCCCUUUUAUUCCUUCAUAUGACUCUAUCUUCCAAAACACUAUUCAAAACCUUAGGUUCAAUUCCUCCAUGACACAAAAACCUCAAUACAUCAUUGUACCUCAACGCCCUGCUCAUGUCCAAGCUGCAAUUAUUUGCAGCAAAAACCAUAGCUUGCAAGUUAGAAUUCGGAGUGGGGGUCAUGACUAUGAGGGUCUCUCUUACAAAUCAAAAACCCCAUUUGUGCUCAUUGAUCUUGUCAAGCUUCGGAAAGUUAAAGUCAGUUUAAGAAAAGCAACCGCAUGGGUUCAAGCUGGUGCUACACUUGGUGAGCUCUAUUAUCAAAUUGCCAAAGAAACCUCGACGCUUGGUUUCCCGGCUGGUACGUGCCCAACAAUAGGAGUUGGUGGCCAUAUUAGUGGUGGUGGACAAGGUUCAUUGAUGAGAAAGUAUGGUCUUGCUGCUGAUAAUGUUGUGGAUGCCAUUUUGGUCAAGGCUGAUGGCCAGAUUGUUAAUAGAGCAACUAUGGAUGAGGAUCUUUUUUGGGCUAUUAGAGGAGGUGGAGGUGCAAGUUUUGGAGUCAUUCUUGAAUGGAAGGUCAAGUUGGUACCUGUUCCUACUAGAGUGACUGCCUUCAACGUGGUAAAGACUCUAGACGAGGGUGCAACCAAAUUGAUUUAUAAAUGGCAAAAUAUUGCAAAUACGCUUCCAGAAGAGCUAUAUAUAAGAAUAAUCCUAACUGUUGGCAAAAAUGAUGAUGGGACAAGAACAAUCCGAGCCAAUUUUAAUUCCUUGUUUCUUGGAACCGUUGAUCAACUAAUGCCAUUAAUGGAUGAAAGUUUUCCGGAGCUCGGUCUAGAGUAUGAAAACUGCAGGGAAAUGAGUUGGAUAGAAUCUGUUCUAUACAUGAAUGACGGUAAAUCAGAUGAGCCUAUAGAGGUUUUGCUGGACGGGAACCGUAAUGUAACCAAAGGCUUCUUCAAAGCUAAAUCAGAUUAUGUGAUGAAACCCAUCUCUGAAAUUGAUUUAGAAGCUAUAUGGAAUGUGAUGGAAGUAGGUGAAGCGGGCAUCAUGAUUUGGACACCUUAUGGUGGAAGGAUGCGUAAGAUUUCGCCAUCUGAAACUCCAUUCCCUCAUAGAAAAGGAAUUUUGUACAGCAUACAGUACUAUAGCAAAUGGCAAGAAAAGGGUAAUGUGGCAGAGGCCCAGCAUUUGGGCUGGAUUAACAAGCUGUACUACUUUAUGACUCCUUUUGUUUCCAAAUUCCCAAGAGCUGCAUAUCUCAACUACAGGGAUUUGGAUAUAGGCAUAAAUACCAUUGGAACCUUUGCAGAAGCCAAGGUUUGGGGUGAAAAGUACUUCAAAAAUAACUUCAAACGAUUGGCAGUUGUAAAAGGCAAGGUCGACCCAGAAAACUACUUCAAGAAUGAGCAGAACAUCGUGGCUCGCUCCUGA